AUGCGUCAAUUAUGGCAAAAUAUUGAGUUUCUGUUCAUAGAUGAAAUUUCUAUGAUACCCUAUGAGAUGCUUUGUAUGAUCGACUCUCGUUUGCGACAACUGAAAAUCGCAGACGCUUGUUUUGGUGGCAUAAACGUGAUACUCUUUGGAGAUCUAAUGCAGUUACCACCUGUUAGAGGACAUCAAGUUUUUCAACAACCAGAUCAUAUGAAGCCAGCUACACAUUUGUGGCGACAGUUCGGUCUGGUUGAACUUAAACAAAACAUGCGUCAACAAGGAGACACAACAUUUAUAGAUGUACUUAAUGCCCUACGAGUUGGAGAAAUGACGUCUAGACAACUUGAAAUCCUUCUGGAAAAAGUUUCAACGGAUGCGACUAAUGAAUUUUCGAUUGAGAAAGCAUUAAGAAUUUACCCAACGAAUGAUCAAGUUGCUAGACACAAUGAAAAAGUUCUCCAGAGUUUUGAGAAUAAAGGGACAGUUAUUUAUACAAUAAAAGCACAAGACCAACUUAUUGAUGCCACUCGUAAUUUAGGUAACAAGGACUUAAAUUCUGUGAUACGUAAUGAUAUUAAUAAAACAGGAGGUCUUCCGAAAGAACUGAAAAUAUUCGUAGGGGCUAAAGUGAUGUUGAGGUCGAACAUUGACGUGUCAAAAGGUUUAGUGAAAGGCAAUAUGGGUUUUAUCACUGAAAUCAUCUGGCCAAAUUUUCGCAGAGACCAACUAUACGCGGAAGACAUCCCGUCAGUCCGUAUCGACUUCGGUUCUGAUGGUGUGCACAUGAUUAAACCGAUAUCGAUACAGUUCCCAGCGAAAUAUAGCUAUGGAACUGCUGAGAGACGGAUGUUGCCCUUAAUCCUGAGUUGGACUUCGACCGUUCACAAGAUGCAAGGUUGUACAGUUGAUCAUGCAGUCAUUUAUCUAGGCUCGCGACUGUUUGCUGCUGGACAGGCCUAUGUAGCACUUAGUCGUGUAAGAUCUUUAGACGGUAUGCGGAUCGAAGAACUUGAUUGCUCUAAGCUAACUGGAAAAACUCCAUGCAACAGUGAGGCUUUAAAUGAAAUGAUUAGAUUACGAAAUGAUUCGUAA